UUCGGCAAUGCAAACAUGACAUUCGGCAAUGCGAACAUGACAUUCGGCAAUGCGAACAUGAGCCAUAUGAACACACGGUGAUUAUGUACAGCGGAUAUGCGUAACAGUAAUGUAACAUGCGAUAGUUAUGUACAGCGGUUACAAUUAUUUCGCAAUGAGCUUUGUGUAAUAACCAUUGUAAUGACUUCGUAAAUAUUUAACAAUGGCGGACGAAAGUAAUAAGCGACAAGAGGCCGCUAGGCUAAUGAGAGAAGCAGCGAAACUGUUAGAGGACUCAGAAUGUGGAGAAGAUAAGGCAAAGAAAACUUCUACCACCGCAGAAUUGCAAAAACUUUUCGCACCGUACUCUUCUGUAAGGCAAAAUCCAUGUCAAACUGUUCAAAAAGCAAAACGUCAGCGCACGUGGACCCCAAUGUUCUCCCCGUCUACCACGUGGACCCACCGCUUUUGUCUUCUAGCUGACAAAAACGCAGCUGUUGCUCCGACUGUUUAUGAAAAAGAAAAGUUGAAAGCUAGCGGGCUUGGAGAGAAAAAAAUAACUUUUGAAAACAAGAAAGGGAGUCAUCAGUUUCUCACUCAAGUUCUUGAAAGUCAAUACCCAUUGUUAAAAGAAGCUGGGGGGUAUCAUAUUUGUAGAACGACUGGAAAUCAGCGGCUUCAAGUCAUUCCUCCUGGACAGAAUGGGUAUUCAAUUCCUUAUUUACGUGAUGAGUCUACACUUAGACAGGCAGUAGCAUACAUCCGCCCUCUUCAAAAAUCCAUUGAUUUACCUGAUGUUAAAGAUGAGGUAAAUAAGUAUUCUGUGGCCAACAUCCCCACUGUUCCUUGCCUGACAUGCAAUAUGGAGAUAAGCAUUAAUGAAGAAUCGAUGCUAAAACAUCAGCGUUUUCAUGUUGAAGAGGAGCAAGAAAUGAGAAAAGCUAGUGGGAUGAACAUUAAAGAAAAAGAACUUGUUAUUAUCAAAGAUGAACCUGAUAUACAAGAAAACAAGUUGGAUGGUGAUGAUACCUUGUUACAUGGUACAAAGCAGUUAAAAGAAAUGUUUCCUAAUGUGGAAGAAAAACAGCUAUUUGAAACUCUUAAAACGAAUAAUUAUUCCUAUGAAGAUGCAAUUUCCAAACUUCUGGGCUCAAAUGAUGAAGAUACAUUGUCAACAGCAUCAGAUUACACAACAAUUGAUCAUGACUUGUUUAAUUACACAAAAAAAGUUGAUAAAGAAAACAUGAAAAUCUUGAUGCUUGACCGAGAGUAUAUUUGGCAACGAUCGCUUGUUUUUUACAAGACCACUUCUCAUGAAGACUUAUUUCGUCUUUUAAGCAUAUCUUUUGAAGGGUAUGAAGAUGCUAUAGAUGUUGGUGGUAUAAGGAUUGAGUUCUUUAGUGACUUAAUCAGAACUAUCGAUAACUUGCUAUUUGAAGGAAAACCUGGAAACCGCAUUCCCAUACACAGCUGGGACAAGAUAUAUUUGCUACAAAUGGCAGGGCUCAUGAUUGGACAUUCAAUCCUGCAAGAAGGCCCGGGUAUGCCAACUCUAGCCAAGUAUGUAUACGAGUUCAUUGUUAGUGGUGACAAAGAAAAGUCUGUGGCAUUGAUAACAUCUGAAGAUCUUCCUAAUACCCCAAAAAAUUCUGAUUUAACCGAAUUCAUCAAAAUGGUAGGUUGCUGGGUGAGAAUGUACUUGUGUUUUGUGGACAACAGUGUGAAGGGCGUAUCAAGUCUGCCAUAUUCUUUGUUCAUACGUCGUUGUUGUAAAAGCAUGGCGAUAAGUCUAAUAUCAUAAUUUCUCUCUGUUCCAACAACCGCAAAAAAG